GUAAAACGGGAAAUCUGCAAAGUUGAGGGAACUUUCCUCUCCUCCCUCGGUCUCAAGCUCUUCUCCUUCCACCGCCCGCAUUUGCUGUGCCUCAUCAUCGGCGACCUCACCGCCGGCGACGGGGCACAACAAGCAAGCCGCCCGUCCAUCCACGGAAGUCUUCUCACACGUCGAGAGGCGUCUCCCUCGUCGUCGUUCUCCUCCUGCGCCUCGUCGCCGCCAUCUACUGGUGCUGGACCGGCGUGGAGUGGAGAUCCAUCCACACUUGGAUCGAUUUUCUUCUUUUGUUGGUUCAUAUUGUUCUUCCUCGCGCGAGAUUGACCUAACCAAGAUUGGAGCGGCUUGAACAUUCAGAUUUUGAAGUGAAGCUUGCCUUGACAUGGCAAUGUACUAGGGUUUACUGUUCAGUAAUAGGCUAGCAGCUCCUGCUACUCGGAAGGCGACAACUGUUGUUUCCGAGCUCUUUGAAGUUCGUGUUGGGUGACUUACUAAUCUGAGUGAUAGCAUGAUAAAGCAAUUCCUUGGACGGCUCCCCAAGAAGCCGUCCAAGUCCGCGGAUAAGGAUCCUAUUGGCAGGUCCAGCCCCUCGGUGUCGCACCCACCAUUGGGUCCGAGAGGUGCAGAUAGGACCUCCAACUUGAGUAGUCAGCCACCGGUCAUUUCCAGCUCUGGGCUUAGUUAUGGGAGUGGCAUGCAUGUAGGAAAUGCAAACUCGAGGGUAAACGUAAAUGGUGAUUCGGCCUCGCCAGCCUUUGUGUCGUUACCAAGCUUUAAGGAUGUGCCCAACACGGAGAAGCAGAGCUUGUUCAUCAAGAAGUUGAACUUGUGCUGCACCCAAUUUGACUUCACCGAUCCAACAAAGAACAUAAAGGAGAAGGAAACAAAGAGGCAAACUUUGGUGGAGCUCGUUGACUAUAUUGCCUCGGCCAGUGGGAAAUUUUCUGAGGCAAGCAUGCAAGAGAUCACAAAAAUGGUUUCUGUAAAUCUGUUCAGGACACUGACUAUCCCUCCCAGAGAGAACAAAGUGGAAGCCUUUGACUUGGAUGAGGAGGAACCUGUCAUGGACCCUGCAUGGGCGCACUUGCAGAUUGUUUAUGAGUUGUUCUUGAGGUUCAUUCAGUCUCCAGAGACUGACGCUAAGUUGGCUAAAAGAUACAUUGAUCAUUCGUUUGUUCUGAGGCUACUUGAUCUCUUUGAUUCUGAAGAUCCUAGGGAGAGGGAGUACCUCAAGAUGAUACUUCACCGUGUCUAUGGAAAGUUCAUGGUUCAUCGGCCAUAUAUUAGGAAAGCCAUUAACAACAUCUUCUAUCAAUUCAUCUAUGAAACUGAAAAACACAAUGGAAUUGCAGAGCUGUUGGAGAUUUUGGGAAGUAUCAUCAAUGGGUUCGCAUUGCCACUUAAGGAAGAGCAUAAAUUGUUCCUUGUUCGAGCUUUAAUUCCUCUUCACAAGCCAAAAUGCAAUUCGAUGUAUCAUCAGCAGUUGUCUUACUGUAUUACCCAGUUUGUCGAAAAGGAUUGCAAACUUGCAGAUACAGUAAUCAGAGGCCUAUUGAAAUAUUGGCCCAUCACAAACAGCUCCAAGGAGGUGAUGUUUUUGGGAGAGUUGGAAGAGAUACUGGAAGCUAUGCAACCUGCAGAGUUCCAGAAAUGCAUGGUCCCUCUUUUCCGCCAGAUCGCACGGUGCCUGAAUAGCUCACACUUUCAGGUUGCUGAGAGAGCAUUAUUUUUGUGGAACAAUGACCAUAUCGAGAAUUUGAUCAAGCAAAAUAGUAAGGUUAUAUUACCUAUCAUCUUUCCCGCACUUGAGAGAAACACCAAUGGGCACUGGAACCAAGCUGUGCAAAGCCUCACCCUUAAUGUUCGAAAGCUGUUCUCUGAUCAUGAUGCUGGACUAUACACCGAGUGUCUGCGGAAAUAUGAGGAAGAGAAAGCCAAAGAGAAGGAGAUCAAAUUGAAGCAAGAAGCCACAUGGAAACGCCUUGAAGAGAUUGCAUCAGCGAAAGCAACCAGCGGAGCGGCGGUGCUCGUCUCUCGACCCUUACCUCGUCAAUCUUCAGCUAUGUAGCGAGUCAUUCACGGGGUAAAGAAAUGCACCUCUCUUUGGUAGUUUGAAGUUUGGGCAAGUGUUUUCUAACAUAUGAACUUCUCGAGUUGUUAGCCAUUCAUGAAACAUUGUACAGGAUUGAGUUGUAUAUACGAGGUAUAUUAAGGUGGCAAAUUGACAAAAGAUCUGAGAGGCCAGUUGGGUUGGGCACAGAGGCGUCAUUUCUGGAUCCUGAGUCUUGGUUUCUUUUGGCAUGCUAAGAUCUUCAGUUGAUUGCUGUCCGAAGUUGGUAAUGAUUUGUUUUUACUUGGUUCUGUAAUCUUCUCAUGGAUAUUUGUUUCAGAAGAGAAAUUGGUGCUAGUCGGAGGAUAGAAUCCUAGUUAGAGCCUUGAAAUGAGUCUUCGUUGCUGUUCUUGAACUUGGCAUGGGCCUUCUUCAUUGUUGUAAAUGGAACAACAAUUUUCUUUCGAGCACAA